CAUGGCUGCAGACUUGUCGUUUUCUCUAUGGCGAACGUCCGUUUGUUUGCCGAAGUUUGACGAGGCUGUGCACUUGAGCGACGUAGAGUCGCACAACGACCCGGAAGAGGAGCCAUUCAGGUCGCAUUACAAAGCGAGAGACAUCUGGAAACAAAUCGAACAAGAAUUGAAGGAACGCGAGCCUGCGAUGGAAGAAAGCGAGCAACGUUGUGCUGUAGCAAUACAUUCAGCAAUAAACUAUAUGCUAGGAUGCAACUACAUCGAAGCAGAGGAAACGAGUGUAGGAGAGGAGAAGUUGGUUUUGUCACUUCAGUCAAUCGAGUCGGAGAAGAUGACGCCGCGAUAUUGCUGCUUAGCGGUGAAAGUUUUGAACAUGUUGGGAGUAUUGUGGUCAGGAAGAGAGAACUACGAGAAAGCAUUGCAAUUUGCAAAGGGCUCUGAGCAGUUGUAUUCAGACUAUUUGGCCAGCACAGAAGUAGCACCAUUUGUUAUCAGAGAUCUAUUUAUUGAUGAUGAGCAUCUCACUCCAGAAGAGGAGAGGCAGAUGGCGUUUGAGUCAGAGCACACGCACACACUCUUUUAUCUAGCACAGAUAUACGAUAAGCUGCAGAAGAGGUCAGAGUCAGCAGAAUACUGUUAUGCUACUCUUAGAAGGCAACUGGAGACAAGACAGUUUGAUUCAAUUGAGUGGGCACUUAACUGUGCCACUCUGUCUCAAUACUACAUAACUGUGGGCGACUACAUGUCUACAAGACACUGUCUUGCUGCUGCCAGCAAGAUGGUUUCCCAGAACGAUGGGUGUGAUCAGCAAGACCAAUCAGAGAAACUGCUGAAGUGUAGAGCCGAUAUUUCACGGUGUUGGGUGAAGUAUUGUCUCAACCUUCUUCAGGAAUCAAAGUCAGCAAUACAGAGUGCAGAAAAUGACACAGAAAUCACGUCUAGUAGUGAAACACCAAUGGAAGCAUCUCACGAAGUCGCUCAGUUUGAUCUCGAUGUCAGUGCGUUUGAAGGUGACACACCUGUCUCACAUGUCUUAACUUUCGAAGAUGCAAGGCAUGUAUUUAUCCUUGGUCAAAAACAUCUGGAUCUAGCACGACAAUUUUACGUUCUGGAUGGCUAUGUCACCGACUACGUCAGCAUCACUCAAGACUACAGUCAGCUGUUUAAGAAUCUGGCAUUCUUCGAACACGACAUCGAUCGUCAGUGCAGAAUGCACAAACGUAGAGCAGACAUGCUGCUCGAGACAGCAAAACAGCUGAACCCACAAUUCUAUUUGGUCAUAUGCAGGCAGCUCACGUUUGAGACGGCAGAGAUUUACAACUCGUUGGUUGAAUUGAAGUACAGCAGUGCCGAACAAAGAGAAGGCCCACCGACACCCCAUAUGAUAAAAAAAAUCAACCAGCUCGUCCAACAAUCGAUUGACCAAUUUCAGGCAUUCGUCGACUCAUUCAGAGAUCACAAAAAGGAGAUGCCCAAGACAUUCGAAGCAGACUCGCUCCAUCCUGUACUCGUUUCGAAGUUCUAUGUUGCUAGACUCUACACAAAAUUCAUUGUGUCGGAUAAAUCACAAAGAGUUCAGAACAUGAAAAAAGCACUUGAUCUUUACCAGGGACUACUUGACUACAGCGAUGCCCAUCCCGAUAUGCCACCGGUCUUCAACGAGGAACUAUCUGUUUGCAAAGAGAUGGUUCAGCUGAUGCCUCUCAAGAUGACAAAAAUCAUGCAAGGACCGUAACUGUACACAUUGCCGUAUUCUUUUUUA